AUGGAGAAAAAGAAAUGGAAAAAAAAGGCAGCGGGAGGGCACCUGUCCUUAAGUAGUCCUGGGUGUGAGAACAGUGGCCGUUUGUUCACUGCUGCUCCUAAAUGGCUGCGUGCAGACAGAAAUGUAAAGGUUCUCUGCAAGGAAAGCUGCCUUGAGCAGCAGGCAGGUGUUCACAUGCUUUCCCAUGGAUUUUUAGGUGCUGUUCCCGUUCCCGCAGAGAAGGAAAGGGGGUGGCUGGGAUUCAAAGCAGAGUUUGACCUUAACAAAAGUUUCUUGCUGCAGAUCAUCCUGUGGGGUCGAACUGAGAAAUGCCUGAAGGAGACCGCAGAGGAAAUCAAGAUGAUGGGGACCGAGUGCCAUUACUUCAUUUGCGACGUAGGAAACCGAGAGGAGGUCUACCAGCAAGCCAAAGCUGUGCGGGAAAAGGUGGGUGAUAUCACUAUCCUAGUGAACAAUGCUGCCGUGGUCCAUGGUAAGAGCCUGAUGGACAGCGAUGACGAUGCACUGCUCAAAUCACAACAUAUAAACACACUGGGACAGUUCUGGACCACCAAACCAUUCCUGCCAAGGAUGCUGGAGUUGCAGCAUGGACACAUUGUUUGCUUGAACUCUGUCCUGGCCUUGUCAGCCAUCCCUGGUGCCAUUGACUAUUGCACCUCCAAAGCCUCUUCCUUUGCCUUUAUGGAGAGCCUGACCUUGGGCUUGCUAGACUGUCCUGGAGUGAAUGCCACAACAGUCCUGCCCUUCCACACAAGCACAGAGAUGUUUCAGGGCAUGAGAAUCAGGUUCCCUAAUCUUUUUCCUCCUCUCAAGCCAGAGACUGUGGCUAGGAGGACAGUGGACGCUGUUCAGACGAACCAAGCCUUCCUCCUCCUUCCAUGGACCAUGCGUGUGCUCGUCAUCCUAAAAAGCAUUCUCCCUCAGGCAGCACUUGAAGAAAUCCAUAAGUUUUCUGGAAGCUACACCUGCAUGAACACUUUUAAAGGACGAACAUAGACUUGGUGGUGCAAAGACUGUUCCUCAGUGAAACCAAGGCAAGCAUGAGAAUCCUGUCAAGACUCUGAAUCAGCCGUCUUGGCUUUUAGCCUGUUCAUGUGACUUGUGCUGCUCUAAGGCAACACAUUUCUUGCAGGUCAUAACCAUAGUAACAUGACCUUUGCACAGGACUGAAUGACUAGACUAUGGACCUUUGGAAAGAAAAACAGAAAGCGUGAAAUGAAAUGUUUAUAUGAUGUUUAAUUCAUUAGAGUCCAUUGUUAAAUCUACUCACAGUUUUAAGAUGUAAUUUUUGUUUAUAAAAUAUGUAUAGGCUGUUUCAGCUGAGAGCAGAAUAUCAUAUCCCGGACUUUACUCAUCUCUUCAAAGGAACUGCAAUUACAAACUGAUACUGUUUUCUUUCCCGCUUUUUAAAUGGAGAAAAAAAAAAAAAAAAAAUUUGAAGAACUACA